AUGGGCGGAUGUUCUUCCGAUGCCUAUGAUGUACUGUGUGACUGGCUGGAGCGACAGCAUGACCUUGGAGUCCUGCUGUUGCAGGAGACGCACUGGGGAUUAGGACACACCGAGAGCCAAUGGAGCACCAAUGGCUGGACGUGGUUUUCCUCACCGGACCCGGCGCGACGUUACGCGGGAGUGGCCAUUGUGGUGUCGCAUAGACUGGCGCCUGCUACGGCGUGCACCUUCUGUGCAUGGGUGCCAGGGCGUGUACUUCAGGUGCGGGUGGAAUGUGACCAGCUGAAUAUCGAUCUGGUCACGGUUUAUCAGUGGGUGCGUGAGGUAUCUUAUUCUGCUGAGCGGCAAGAGCAAAGGACGCAGAUAUGGCACCAGCUGGGGCGCGUGGUCCACAGUAUUCCCAAGCGGAACCUCCUAUUGGUGGGCGGUGACUUCAAUGCAGGACUGCAGGCGCACACGAACCUGAUUGGCAAAGGUCUCCUUCAAGGCUCGGCGGAUCGUGUUGAUCAGGAACUUCAGGAUUUGAUCGAAGCAAAUCAGCUCUGUGUGCUUAACACCUGGGGAAGUAACCGUCCUUCUAAGUGUGCCACGUUCUGCAAUGGUCAGCAGCGAUCACAGAUAGACUACCUCAUGGUCAGGAAGCAUGCAGCUGACCACAUUGCGCGCAGUGCUUGUCCCAACACAGAGGACCUCACGCCUUGGCGUCAGGGACCCAAGCAUCGUAAGCUCGGGUGUAGCAUACCACAGCUGGCAGGAGGACCUGCGCUGGCAUCGGCAGCACCGGACAGAACGCUUUGCUGCCUUUCAGACGCAGGUGCCACGCCUGCAGUGAAGACUGGUAUAGGUCACAUGUGGGCACUUCACCGCGCGCUCCGUGCGCGGAGACCUGGAACCUCCUUCCUCCAAAUCAUGGCAGCAUGGAAGAGGAUAAGGUCACCCACCGGGAAUGUCCUCACGCAGCGCGAGCAGUUUGAUGCAAUUUAUCAGUACUUUAGCACGGUGUUUCAGCGUCAGGAUACGUUUCAACAUACAACGCUGCACACUGCUGUGGCCUUCAGUGCGGCAGAGGUGGAGCAGGCAAUCACCGCCCUUAAAUUGUCAGCUUGCGCUCCUGCCGAAGCCGGGACGACCGUCCCGUCGGCCCUGCGAUCUGCGCCCACUAGGUCGAUUGAUGAAGCCAUCCUAAGAGUUUGUCACAAUUGUGAUCGCAUUAAGGCGGCGGGAACACCCAGUGACCUAUGUGAAAUGGUGAUGGAUCUUCAUGAGCAGUGCCACUAUUCCAUACGCCAUCAUAAGCACACAGGCCAGUUUCCGAUGCAACUUGGAGUGCGUCAGGGGUGUUCCCUGUCCCCGUUGCUUUUCGCAACCUUCACGGGCUUCUUCUAUGAAGCUCUCCGUGAACGCACAGACGCUACAUGGGCGGCUGCCUUUGUCACUCUAUUCGCAGAUGACACCAUGCUUCAGUGGCAUAUCGAAUCCGAAGCAAGACACCGCACCAAAGAUGGUUUUGUGCUUCGCCUUGGCACGCCGACACGGAACAUGGAGCCGGGAGAUCAGGCGAUGGCGGAACAGGCCAGACGGGAGGCUGCAGAGGUCUUCGGCGCUCCUCCUCUGGAGACGGGGGACAAGUCGCGCCGCGAGUCAACGGAAGGGCUGGAGGACUGGGCAGGGAGGAAGCCCAAGUGGAACAGGCCCGCUUCCAAAGGCCAGCAGAGCUACGGCAAAGGAAACUCCGGUGGCUCCUGGAAGGAUCCCAAGGACCCGUGGUCGUACGAGCCAGCACCGCUUGGAGAGCAGGAGCAGGAGUUCCUUCGCAAUGUCGCGAAGAUGCUGAUGCGGCACGAGUCGGAAAUGCGGCUACUUCGUCAGGACACGACGUGGAUGAUGUUUGUGGACACGCAAGAGCAAGGAGUGCUCUCUCUCAUCCAGGAGAAGUCGGCGAAGUGGCAAGAGCUGUACCAGGAGAAGAAGGUGACAAGCAGCCUUCGCACCGUCCUCCUGAUAGGAGUUUUCCAGGAGCUGGCCACGAGGUUGCAAGCCCUGCUCCAAGAUCAAGAUCGCCUCACAAAGAUGCACAGUGUAGGGUGGCUUGUGAAUGGGGAGCAGGCGCUGAAUCCCAAAUGGGUAUACCAGCAGUGGUCGCCGGAGAAGCAGACGGUGGAAGUCUCACCUCAAGCGCCAAUCACGUACUCCUUGGCGUUGGACGCGAUCCAGGCGGUGAUCAACAAUGUGGGAGGCCCCGGGGUCCUGUUGAGAUUCAGAUCGACUCGACCCCUGACGGAGAAGAUCACGGGCGAGGUGAUGCCGUUUGCCCUGGUGCUGUCAAUGCGAGGGCAGCUGGCGAUGCAAGUGCAUCAGGCGCUCGGCAUUUUGUCGGGAUGCGCCUGCCUGAAAGUGGCGGGACUGCGAGUUCGUCCGGACAGAGGGCAGCAGUCCACUCUGGCCAAAGCCCUGGAGGACUCAUACACGGGUCUCUCCUUUGCAGACUGGAAGCCACGCGAUCGCAAAUGGCAGCGGCAGCAGUCCCAAUGGACACAGGAAGGUCCAGCUAUGGAGGGAGCCGAGACGACCAAGUGA